GGUGAAUAUACUCUGCGAUCUACCUUGCGUAACGACCAUGGACGGACAACAACAUGAUUCUACCAUUCAAGAAUCACAGCGCAACGAUGAUGUCGCUGCUGCCAUUGAGCGACGCCUCCAGCAGCAGCGCGAGCAGGCUGAGGAAGCGGCGGCAGCCGCCAAAGUAGAGACAUCCUUUGAUGAGAAUUACGAACGGCGGCAGGAAUUCCGCCGUCUGAUUGACCCAGGCAUUGUCCGGCCUAAUGCUAAGGAAUUAGCUCUUGAAUCACUACAAACCUUGAAGAUGCUUGCGGAGAACAUACUACAGCAUCCAGGGGAAGAGAAAUAUCGGCGAUUCAAGCCGACUAAUAGCAAGAUCAGGCGAACUUUGGUAGAGCCUAAAGGCACGCUCGAAUAUGCGGUCGAGAUGGGGUUCCGUCCAGAGGUAGAGAACUUCCAACCGUUCUAUAUAUUUGACACACGCCGCACCACCGAUCUGAACAUUGGGCUCGCAAUGAUCAAUGAGACCCUUGAUCGAGAGACCUCAAAGAAGGAGCGAGAAGAGCGAGCGAAGCGAGAAGCCAAAGAAGCAGAAUUGGCUGCCAAGGAAAAGCUGAAGCGUCAGUUUUUGGACGAUCGGAAAUCUACGGCUAUGCGCCAGCAGCGUGAGCGCGAAGCUCGAGAGGCGUUAGCUGCACAGCGCAUAUCGUCUCCAUCGAGACCCCCUGCAUCACCUCCAGUCACUGUUACCCCCGCACGCACUGGCAGGAGAGUUCCACGCAUGCGGGGUACGGGUCGUACCUUAAGCGGACAGACCGUUGCGGAUGCGGACGACGCAGGGGAAGAUAUACCGCCUCCAUAUAAAGAUGAAUCAGAAGAUGAACAAGAUGAAGACGAGUGA